CACCUCCCACUUUUCUCACAUCCAAUAGCAAAACACAAGCUUAGAAAACAAGACUCAACUAAACCUCUACUUUUGUUUAUAAUCACCAAAAAAAAAAGAGCAAACACAAUGGCUUUGGCUCUCAAGUUCUUCAUAUGCUUCGUUUUGACGGUGUGCAUAGUUGCAUCAGUAGAUGCAGCAAUCUCAUGUGGCACAGUGGUAAGUAACUUGGCUCCAUGUGUCAACUACCUAUCAAGAGGUGGUGUGGUACCGGAUCUGUGUUGCGAAGGAGUUCAAAAGUUGAACGGUAUGGCUCAAACCACACCGGACCGCCAACAAGCAUGCAAAUGCCUACAGUCCACUGCAAAGGGCAUUUCUGGUCUCAACCCAAGUCUAGCCUCUGGUCUUCCUGGAAAGUGCGGUGUUAGCAUUCCCUAUCCCAUUUCCUUGAGCACUAACUGCGACAACGUCAAGUGAAGUUGGAGCUUACAUGUAUCUUCAGAUUAUGGUUUAACAUAAGUAAAAUAAAAUACGUCUAUGUACGCUGAUCUCACCGUGCCUUUUUCUUGUGGCUUUGUAAUCUUUUGCUUUCUUCUGUUGUUUCUUAACAUGUUUAAGAUAAUAAUAGUACCAUAAUCCUCUUUUAUUAUAUAUU